AUGACAAAAACAAAUAUAUUAGAUAAUGAUGUAGAAUUUUUAGAUAGAGAUAACAUAAAAAAUAGUGAUUCUAAAGAACAUAGAUUUUCAAAUAAAAGAAGAGUAAUAGAAGAAUAUAAUAAAGAAAAUGACGAAAAUGAAUUUAUUAGAAACUUAAAAAAAAUGAAUCAAAAUAGCAAUAAUAAAGAGAGCAAUAAACUAUGUCAAUUUAUUAUAAAUUAUUAUGAAUGGGAUGAAAUCCCAACAAUGAAUAAUUUGCCAUAUGGUCUAAUUAACAAAAAAAAUUAUUUAAAAUUAAAAAAUUAUAAUAAAAAUACCAAUUUAAAUUCAAUUGAUAGUAAUAUUAACUUUGUUAAUAAAAAUUCAAUUAAAAAUAUAGAAAGUGAUAAUUUGAAUACAUUUAAUAAGCAAACAGUACUAAAUAAUAUUUCGAGUAGUUCAUUAAAUAAUCAUUAUAAAAAUAAUAUUGAUGAAAAUAUAGAACCGAAACAUAAAAAUUUGUCUGAAAAAGAAAACUUUCAUUAUUUUUCAUCAUCAAUUAUAUAUGAAGACAUAAAAGAAUAUUUUUUUAAAACAAAAUCAAAUAUAACAAAAAUUAAUUCUACAUAUAUUACUAACAAAAAUAAUGAUAAAAAAAAUAUAAUAAAUAAUGAAAAUAAUUUAGAAUCAAUAUAUGUGAAUAAAUCAAAAAUUAAUAUUAAAAAAGAAGAUUCUAUAUGUGAAUAUGAAAAUAACAUGAAAGAUAAAAAUAAUAUAGAAAAUAAGAGCCAAGAAAAAAAUAAAGAUGAAUUAGAAAAUAAAAAUGAUGUAAAAAGUGAAGAAGAAAUAAAUUGGAUGAAUGAUUUUAUAUCUUUAACAAAUAUUCAAAUUUUAGCUAAAAAUACAAACAAAUUUAAUGAAUGGAAUAACUUAACAGUUAUCAUACCAAAUAUAAUAAAUUUCUGCUGUAGUCCUCGAUCUUGUAUUUGUAAAAAUAGUUUUUUAACAAUUAAAUAUAUUUGCACAAGUUUAAAAUAUGAUAAAAUUAACUUGUGUAAAUUUUUUGUUAGUAUUUUUCCUUCCAUAAUAAAAAGAUUAGAUAUAAAAAAUAACUUUUUAAACAGUUGUGCAACUAAAUCAAUUGAAGAAUUUAUGAUACAUAGUAAUAGCGUUAAUAAUUAUGAAAUGCUAAGAUUGAUUUGUUCUCACUCAAAAAAUAAGAAUUCUUCUAUAACUAAAAAGAUGUCUUAUUUUGUUUACUUAUUUUUAAAAAAUUUACCUAAAAGUGAUUUGAUGAAUUUUAGUUUAAGUGAUUUUGCAGAGCCUUUUUUAAAUUUCAUAAAUGCUAAAUUAGAAGACACCAAAAAAUUCAUAAAACAGGCUUUUACCUUAUUUUUAGAAUUUCAAAAUGAAGAUUAUAUAAUAGAAAAUUUAAAAAAAGGAAUUAAACAUAAAGAAAAUGUGGUUAUCGUUGAAAAACAAAUAAGGAAUUUAUUAAAAUGCAAUAAUUGUGAAUCAUUAAAAAAAAAAUACGCUACUUUUCAUGAAUUUAAAAAUAUGAACAAAUUAAAAAAUCUUAAUAAGACUUCAUCAUUUAUAUUUUAA